AUGCCUCUCUUCGUGCUUUCGCCUGCCUCGCUCGCCCACUCGGCUCUCUUUGCUGGUUUCUACACCUUCCUCUCGGGUAACGUGGCUUACCACCGCUGCAACCUGAAGAAGUUCAGCGCUGCUGACAACGAGUCGGACGCUCGCCUCUCGGCCGCUGUCCGUGCCCACGCCAACUUCGCUGAGUACACUCCUUUUGCUUUCGGUCUCCUGUUCCUUGCUGAGCUGAACGGUGCCCCCACCGCUUGGGUUCACGGUGCUUACGCCACCCUCUUUGCUGCUCGUGUUGCUCACUCUGUUGGCAUGGUCAACCAGUGCUUCAACGGUAUCCUGCGCAAGGUUGGCUUCCUGACUACGCUGGCUGUGACGCUUGGUGCUGGUGUGUACAACUUCAGCCUUGGUUAUGAGCCUCUGAAGUCGUUCCUUGGCAUUCAGUAA